UAGAUUUCAGCUAUGAGGUGUCGCGGUCACUAUCUGCCUGUCAAGGUGUCAUACUUGUAGUGGAUGCAAAUGAGAUACUGCAGUUCCAUGAUACAGAAAUAAAAGAAGAGAUUAGUGAAGAAUCAGAUCCUACUUGUCACAGAGCAUGAACUUUGGUAUUCAAGCUCAGACAGUGGCAAACUUCUAUCUUGCUUUUGAAGCACAGCUUGCAAUAAUUCCUGUCAUAAACAAGAUUGAUUUGAAGAAUGCAGACCCUGAAAGAGUUGAAAAACAAGUUGAGAAGCUGUUUGAUAUUCCUGGAGAUGAAUGUAUAAGGAUUUCUGCUAAACAAGGAAGAAAUGUUGAGAGAGUUCUACAAAAAGUCAUCGAAAAAGUUCCACCACCCCAGUUUAAUACUACUGAUCCAUUGAAAGCCUUGGUGUUUGACUCCACCUUUGACCGCUACCGAGGUGUCAUAGCUAAUAUUGCACUUUUUGGUGGGGAGAUUCAGAAAGGGCAUAAAAUUGUGUCUGCUCACACAAAGAAAAGGUAUGAAGUUAGUGAAGUAGGAAUACUGACUCCAAAUGAACAGCCAACACAUAAACUAUAUGCUGGACAGGUGGGCUACCUGAUUGCUGGCAUGAAAGAGGUAACGGAAGCCCAAAUAGGAGACACACUCUUUAUGCAUAAACAGCCAGUGGAGCCUUUGCCUGGCUUUAAGUCAGCGAAACCAAUGGUCUUUGCAGGAAUGUAUCCUAUAGACCAGUCAGAAUAUAAUAAUCUCAAAAGUGCUUUGGAAAGACUGACACUGAAUGAUUCCAGUGUAACGGUUCAUCGUGACAGUAGCCUUGCUUUAGGAGCUGGAUGGAGGUUGGGUUUUCUUGGUCUUUUACAUAUGGAAGUUUUUAAUCAGCGUUUGGAGCAAGAAUAUAACAUGUCUGUUAUUUUGACUGCACCUACUGUUCCCUAUAAAGCUAUUCUUUCCUCAGCAAAGUUAAUAAAGGAAUAUGGUAAAGAAGAGAUUACAAUUAUCAACCCUGCUCAUUUUCCCGAUAAACUAUCCGUAUCUGAAUAUUUGGAGCCAACUGUUCUCGGCACUAUUGUAACACCUCACAAAUAUAUUGGGAAAAUAAUUGCUCUGUGUCAGGAUCGCAGGGCAGUCCAGAAGGAUAUGUUGUACAUUGAUGAACACAGGGUUAUGCUGAAAUAUCUCUUUCCACUGAAUGAAAUUGUGCUGGAUUUCUAUGACGCUCUUAAAUCUCUGUCUUCUGGUUAUGCAAGUUUUGAUUAUGAGGAUGCAGGGUACCAGGCAGCAGACAUUAUCAAAAUGGACAUUCUUAUAAAUGGAAAUCCAGUUGAAGAACUGGCAACAAUCAUACACAAUGAUAAGGCAUAUGCCACUGGUAAAUUCCUGUGUGAACGUUUAAAAGAUGCUAUACCUAGACAGUUGUUUGAAAUAGCCAUCCAGGCUGCUAUUGGCAAGAAAAUCAUUGCAAGAGAAACGCUGAAAGCUUACAGAAAAAAUGUCGUGGCAAAAUGUUAUGGUGGAGACAUUACAAGAAGAAUGAAGCUUUUAAAGCGGCAGGCAGAGGGGAAGAAGUUGAUGAGAAAAAUUGGCAAUGUUGAAGUACCAAAAGAUGCCUUUAUACAUGUUUUAAAAAGACAGUUUGACAAAUAGAUUAGCAACAUGCAGUUGACAACUGUGUUUUGUUGGCAGUAGCACAAUGAGUUAUGUAUAAUUUGUAUAAUUUAUCAGUGGGAGAGGGAGCAAAUUUACACCAUUUUAGGUCCAGUUAUAUAUAAACAAACAAAAGGACUAUGCCUAAAAAUACAGAUAUUUGUAAAUCAUGAAAUUAAAGUUACCUCAUUUGACCUUACUUUCAAUAAAGUUACAAUGAAAAAUUACAGAUUCAGUAUGAAACUUCUGUACUUAAUUACUUUAAUACAGCAAUUGUGUGUUAUUUUGGCAUUGCAAGCCUUUGAAUGAGUAAAUAGGAACCAUGUGGCAAAAAUUCAUAAGAAUAAGUUUUGGGUAUUCUUUAAUAAAUGCCAACUCUGUGGUUGGUUUAAGAGUUUGAACUGUUGCCACAAAAAAUGCUAAGACAGUUCCUGAUUUACUUUCUAAAUUGCUGUUGUCAGGAAAUGUUUUGCUACAAACUAAAUUUUAUAUACUACAGAUUUCCUUUAAACUUGCUAGUGUGUCGGUUUACCAUGAAUACAGCUUAGCUAUACUCAUAUCAUGUAGUCAAAAGUUUUAAUAUAGUAUAACACAAGAAAAUGACCAUUUCAACAAUAAAAUGGACUUGGGCAUUAACCAAA